AGUAGAGGCGUCAGUCCGUUUCCUUUCCGAUGAGUGCCAUGGUGACUUGAACGCCAUGCCCCGAGGGUUCCUAGUGAAGAGGUAUGGAAAGCCCGUUGCAGUCCGAAGAUAUUCGGACGAAGAUCGAAGCGACACCAGUUCGGACCACGAAACGGGCGAUGUUCUCUCUCCUUUGUCACAAAGUGAACCCCUGGCUCUCUACAUCUCCGAAUCUGUCAGCACCACACCACCUCGCCUAUCGUCACCACCCAGCACUCCUCAAUGCCCAUCGAAAAAGAGAUCGACGACGCAGGAUAACGAAAGGAAGGUCAAGGCCACCAAGAAGCACAAAGUCACCAAGAGGUUAAAUUUCGACGAAGACAAAACGUCACCGGUCUCGGGAACGUUCAUACGAGAUCCCGACAGCGACGACGAUUUACCAGCAGCCGUCAGAAGGGGUGACAUCGACCCCAGCCUCAACGUUGUGGUGGUGACGGAAGAGGCUCGAGCCGAGUUGGCCAAGAUCGAGAAUAAAAUCGGUGAUUACGUCUGCCAACUCUGCAAGGACCACUUUCAGGAUGCCUUCGGUUUGGCCCAGCAUCGUUGUUCGCGUAUAGUGCACGUGGAAUACAGAUGCCCCGAAUGCGACAAAGUAUUCAACUGCCCUGCCAACUUGGCUUCACAUCGCCGAUGGCACAAACCCCGUCCUCUAAGCUCCAACGCUGGAAAAGUGCCUCAACCCAGCAGACUCUUGCCAUCCAACCUCAGUGAAUCUUUCAAACCGCCUCCCGGUGACCUCAGUGACUCCGACAGCAUACGAGAUUCUCCAUCUCCUAACGAAGACACCAAUCUGCCCUGUGACGUCUGUGGUAAGAAAUUUCGCCGCUUGUCAUACCUUAAGAAACACCUAGUGAGUCACAGCGAUCUAAAAGAGGGUACGUACGUGUGCCACUGCGGACAAACAUUCAAUAAUCUUGCUGAUAGAACAAACCACGCUCUCCUCCAUUCGGGGGUGCUCCAGAAUUCGGACCAACCCAACAGUACAGAUAACUGCGAUCUCUACCAGUGUAAGUACUGCACCAGCACUUUCUACAGUUCACCCGGUCUCACUCGACACAUCAACAAGUAUCACCCCAGUGAAAAUCGCCAAGUGAUACUCCUACAAGUUCCGUCUGUCAGAACGGCAUCAAGUUAAGUCGGGGGGUGACCAAUUUUUCUGUAUAAUUUAUCAUUUAUUUAUUAACCGUAUUCCUAUUUACACGCGCAAAUUAGCACCCGUAAUCGUUUUUUGUCCAUAGUGUUCGAAGAGCACUCUUGAAUUCGUUGUGCCAAUUCUAGAAUUUGUACAUAGGAGUGCACACUUUUUACCUCCUCUCAUUUUUACAGUAUUAAUCUUAAAUUACAUUUAGAUACUUCUAGAAUUGUUUAGAUUUCUAGUAAAUCCGCACCGUUUUCGUCGUACAGUUUACUUGUUUUUUUUUCUUUUUUUAAAUGGCUCAAAUCUCCGAAAUUUUAUGGUCUUUUUGUGGCGUAAAUUAUCUUUUAUCCUCUUAAAUUAUAGAAUUUUUCUAGAAUAAACAUAUUUUUCGGCUUACUUAAAUGACUUUCUGACUAGUUUAUAUAGAAAUUUUAAUAUUUUCUUGAUCAGGAAACCUUAUAAAAUUGCUUAAUUAAUUAAAAAUAAUUUUAUUUUGUUAAGAAAAUCGUUGGAGAAUUUAGAAAUGAAAGGGUCUAUCACGUGCUUUAAAUCAAAUUUGAACCACGUGAUAUUUCUAGAGCCAUUGUUCAUUCUAGUCACGAAAUUUUCGAUAAUUCUAGUCAUAUAAAAAAUGAGCGAACAAAGAAAAAAAAUAAUAGAAAAAUAAAUAUUAUUUUUGUCCCACCCCUUUUUUUUAAGGGAUUAAAUGCAACAUAUCGUCAUUCCUCAUUAUACACGAAUAAUAAUAUUAUUUAUAUAUAGCCUAUAUAUAUAUAUUUAUAUACAAAUAAAUUAUAAAAUUACGUGAAUAA